GACUCAUGGGAAGAGUGAGAAACAGUUGAAGAGCAAGAGACUCCGGUUAGCUCUCUCUCUCUCGUUACAUACAUCUACAUAAUCUCAAUUCGAAAAUUUUCAAGCGUCCCCAUUCCUAUCUUUCAAAAUCUUCCUAUAUUGAACUGAUUAAGAGGAACUGGACGAGAAGUUGGCGUUGCCUUGCGAAGAAGCUCAAUAAGUCCACGCCAGAGGUUUCGAAAAUCAGUUCAUCAAGAUAUUUCCAACAUGUGGGGUUUCAAGAAAGGUUUGAUCCUACGAACAAAUCCCUUUUCUGUAUUUGGGUCAAAUUCAAAACAGAGCUCUUUGAUUCCAUCUCGCCAUUUUGGGCAGAAUGCUGGAAUUGGUAUCCACCUAGAUAGAGAUUUUAUUGUAUAGCUCUGGUUGCAGAUACGAAAAUGAAUAAGAAUACAAGAAAGGUGGUUUAUGGGCAGUGUUUGAAGAUCAAUUGUUGUCUUGGGAGGCACAUGUUCCUGAAUUUAAGCACGGCAAGAAAUCUGUGUCAAUGCCAUUUCCUAGUCUGUCAGAUAUUUUAAAGCCUGAAACUCCAGAAGUGGUCAAAAGUUUUUCUUCGCUUGAGGCACCUGUUGUUGCUCUUGUAACUGAUGCAGAAGGUAAUGAGCUUUUCAGGGUACGCAGGCCUUUUUGGUCGAUAAACAACUCAAUUUAUGCAGAGGUCAAUGAAAGUUUGCAAUGGUUGAAAAUCCUAGCUUCUGGAUUUGGACAUUUACUUUGAAAGACAUUGAUGGAAAUGUGCUGGCUGAGAUAGAUCGUGACUGGAGAGGUUUUGGCUUUCAGUACGUGAUUCGCUUUGGAAGUACUAAUCCAAGCUUAAAGGAUGGAGCUGCUGAAGUUGUAGGUUGUCAUACCGAUGAAUAUUUCGUUUUCUACCAAUGCCUUUGGUUGUUUUAUUCAAUCUUCAUAAUUGGUGUGCUGGCUGCAGGUUCAAGAUAAACAUGGCUGUAGGCUGUAGAAAUGAAGCAAAUAAUACAAACCAACUAUUUCUGUAUUAUCUAUUAAACAAAAUCAGCAAGAUAUCAAUUUCCAUCCAGACACUAAACAUCUAAUAAAGUGAUAAUUUUUAAAUUUAAUAUACACUUUUUAAAAAUGGUAAGCCUUUCUCUCUCUCUCUCAUUUAAUUCGAGUCGUCCCUCUGUGGUACACCUCUACUGUAAGAGCUGCCCCUUUUUGUUAUAUAUAUGCAUAUGUAUAUUUUAGCAUCUCAGAAGCAUUUUGACAAACAUUAACGGGGCAUGGGGAGACUUUUAUUUAGUGUCUGGAAAUUGCUAUUUUGCUGAUUUCGUUUCGUUUUGUUCGAUUUGUAGUAGUGCUUUGUUUAGAGUUUGAUCUUCUUCGACUAUGUAUUGUUGUUAGUAAUUUCAGGUACACUUGUGCUGCUUUUACAGACACUGUACUUGUAAUAGCUACUUCUUCGAGUCAUUAUCACAGUGUGUCAUUGAAAGGAAGAAGCUUUGAAAAUAAUUUAAAGAGCGAGCUUCAAGCUUUGGAAGCAACAAAUGUGUAUGCCAUUCUAGAAAGUGAACCUUUGAUUGAUGAGACGAAACAUCACCCACGCCGAGAAACACCGAACCAGACGAAACAUCACCCACAGUCGCCGCCUUCGUAGUUUGAAGCGCCGUUUGAAGGGACUCCCAGAGGUUUUCUCUUGUUAUUCGUUCUUUAUUGACUCAAGAGGGCAUCUAUUUCACUUUGGAGCCAAACUUCAAAUUUCUCGAGAUUCUUGAAGCAGAGACUUACUCCCAAGUUCCCGAUUCAAUUCUUAAUUUGUUGAAAGAGACAGAGACCGGACAGGAUCUAUUAUUGUUGAUAAUUGAAGAGACAUAGACAGUACAAGAGUUUAACACAUUUCCGAAAGUCAUGGUUUUCACAAAAUUUGGUGGUGCACCGUUGUCUUCACUGAUCACCAAACGCCAGGAAGGAAAAGUCUAGUCAAGAUUCUUCCUGUAUGAAGGGUACAAUAUAUAUAUAUAUAUAUAUAUAUAUUUAUAUGAUGUAUAUACGUGAGUGGGAUCUAUGAGAACCUUUCAAAAUCUUUACAAGAUUAAUAAAAGAUUCAAACAAUAUUUCGUAUUUGUAUGAAGCAAGCAUCAAUGGGCGAGUUUCCAUUUGUGUUAGUAUUGCUGCUUUUCCUUUGUACGCCAAUUUUUGCAGUUGAUAGCUUAAGACAAGUGGAGUCUAUCUCUGAUGGCAGAACCUUGGUCUCCCAAGAAGGAAGGUUUGAGCUUGGUUUCUUCAGUCCAGGAAAUUCCAAAUAUCGUUACUUGGGAAUUUGGUUCAAAAACAUCUCUGUUCAAACUGUUGUUUGGGUUGCCAACCGUUGCAAUCCAAUAUACGACAUGUCGGGUUCGUUGCAUUUCAACAGCAGUAGCACAAAUCUUGUUCUGUUCGGACAGAACAAGACAAUCGUUUGGUCAUCGACGACACCAACGAGUCUAGAAAAAAAUCAAGGCCAAAAGCCAAUUCUUAUGCUUUUGGAUUCUGGAAACCUGGUGAUCAUAGAUGAGAAAAACAGAAACUCAGAAACAUAUUUAUGGCAAAGCUUUGAUUAUCCUUCUGAUACAAUGUUACCUGGUAUGAAAACAGGGUUCAACAUAAGAACAGGGCACACUUGGCUUAUGACAGCAUGGAAGAGUGCAGAUGACCCUUGUCCUAUCGAUUUGACUUGUGGGAUGGAGCCUCAUGCUUACCCUGAAUUAUCUAUUCGAAAGGGCAAAAGGAUUUACUAUCGUCAUGGCCCGUGGAACGGCCUUCGUUUUAGUGGCACACUUCAUUUGAGGCCAAACCCGAUUUGUGACUUGGAAUUUGUACACGACGAUAAUGAAGCUUUUUUCAGGUACUUUAUCAAGGUUAAAUCUAUCAUCAGCAGAAUAAUCGUCAAUCCUACAACCAGUGCCCGCGAGCGAUAUGAAUGGACCGAAGCAGAGAACUCUUGGAGUCUUUACUCUUCAGCUCCCAUAGACUACUGUGAUAGCUAUGGACUAUGUGGAGUCAAUGGCAAGUGUGUUGUAAGCUCUAACCCAGUCUGCCAAUGUCUUAAAGGGUUUAAGCCCAAAUCUCAGGUGAAUUGGAAUUCACUUAUUUGGGCUGAAGGGUGUGAGAGGAAAACUCCAUUGGUGUGUCAGAACAAAGAAAAAGAUGGGUUCAUUAAGUUUGCAAAUUUGAAAGUGCCGGAUACUACCAACACUUGGGUAAAUGCAAGUAUGAAUCUGAAGAAUUGCAGGGCCAAAUGCUUGAGCAACUGUUCUUGUGUGGCUUAUUCAAACACAGAUAUCAGAGAAGGAGGCAGUGGUUGUGUCAUUUGGUUUGGUGAUUUAGUUGAUAUCAGAGAAAUUCCAGGUGGUGGGCAGGAUGUCUAUAUUCGAAUGCUGGCCUCUGAGCUUUCAAGGGGUGACCAUGAAGUGAAAGCACUCAUCUUUGCAAGUGUUGGUGUGGCACUUUCUGGGAUUCUUUUAGCUUGCUAUUUUAUUCGUUGGAGGCUGUGCAAAGAAAAACAUAACAGAAAAAAUCAGAUGGGUGGAAGCAAAGAAGAAGAAUUGGAACUCCCCAUUUUCGAUCUUUCCACAAUAUCUACGGCCACUAGUAACUUUUCAGACAUCAAUAAGCUUGGAGAAGGUGGCUUCGGACCUGUUUACAAAGGUAAGCUUGGAGACGGGCAAGAAAUUGCUGUGAAGAGACUUUCAAUGAAUUCAGGACAAGGAGUCAACGAAUUUAAAAAUGAAGUAGUACUAAUUGCAAAACUCCAACAUCGAAAUCUUGUGAAGCUUCUUGGUUGUUGUAUUCAAGAACAAGAGAGGUUGUUACUCUACGAAUACAUGUCCAAUAAAAGCCUUGACUUCUUCAUCUUUGAUCCAAAACAAGCUAAAUUAUUAGAGUGGCCUAAGCGCUUUGAAAUUAUAUGUGGUAUUGCUCGGGGUCUGUUGUAUCUUCAUCAAGAUUCUAGACUAAGAAUAAUUCAUAGAGAUCUUAAAGCUAGUAAUGUUUUGCUGGAUAGUGAGUUAAAUCCCAAAAUUUCAGAUUUUGGUCUCGCUAAAAUUUUUGGAGGAGAUCAAAUAGAAGACAAAACAAACAGAGUCGUUGGAACUUAUGGAUAUAUGGCCCCAGAAUAUGUUUUCCAUGGUCUGUUUUCAAUCAAAUCUGACAUCUUCAGUUUUGGUAUAAUUGUGUUAGAGAUUGUAAGUGGAAAGAGAAAUAGAGUCUUUCACCCUGAAAUCGAUACCCUUGCACUCACGGGACAUGCAUGGAAAUUGAUGGAGGAAGGCAGGGCAAUUGAAUUGCUUGAUGAGUGCUUAAGUGGUUCAAAAAAUUUAUGUCAAGUCUUGCGAUGUAUCCAUGUUGGUCUCUUAUGUGUGCAGCAAAAUCCUAUGGAUAGACCAAGCAUGACAUCUAUUGUUAUGAUGUUGGGCAGUGACAGUUCUAUGCCUCAGCCUAAAAAACCAGGCUAUUUCUUCGAGACAGAGUCACCACAAGGUGGCCAUUCUCAAUCAUCCACAACAAACAAUGCGACCAUGUCAGUACUAGAGCCUCGAUGAUAUGUAAUGUAAUUGCCACAUGACAGCAAUGGACAUGUUUUUCCUGCGUGACACUGUAGUGCAUCAAUUUUUUUAUUUUAUUUUAUUAACUACUUUAUUUGGUAAUUGUUAAGUGUUAGGAAUUUUAAUUUAAUUAUUUGAAUGUUUAGAGUUAAUUGUGAUUGAA